AUGGACAACUUUGCAAAUGGACGAUUCUCGUUUGCCCUGCCUAUUGACCUUCCAGUCAAUCCUAACUUCACCCUGAAGGAUAACGAAGGUAGGCUGGCUACAUUUGCACAACAUGUUGUUCAACCGCCACCAGGGAUUCUGGGUGUGGACAGAUAUUUGUGGCAGAUACUCUGGAGCAGCAUUACUAACACAAAUAUAUCUAGUGGCGUUUGUUGUCAAACAGUUUUCCCCGUUUACACUUUCUCCUCCCUGGAGACAAAUGUAUAAUAAAAGGGCAGGGAUGUUUCCUUGGAGGGGUGUUUCCUUGGUAACACAAUAUUUUUUCCUUGUCCUUAUUUUAGCUUAAGGCUGCUUGGCUGAAUUCAGAGAGAACACUGUUAUGUUCUUUUUUUUUUUUCCUUGUCUGAAAACCCAAUUGCUCCUUUGGCAGAUCAGGGAGAACCUCGAGAUUAAGGUAGACUUCCAAGACGGAUGACAGCAAUCAGUACGAUGCAAGACAGAGGCAGUGAGCUUCCACUGAGUUUUUGAUCAGCGCUCUGUGCUCUCGGUGGUGGUGUAGCCUAGCACUUGGCUUUUAUCCCCUCCCCAACUGGCCCUGUUUUCCCUCAGGCGCUUUUUCAGUGAAACCACAUUUCCACUGAUGUGCAUUAGGCCUAUGUUUACACAUACAGGAGGACCAGGUAGUACUCCUCAGAUAGAGCUAAAAGGAACACUGCUGCAUCAGUGCAGUGAUUGGGUGGAAGUAGGAUACGCUAGCUCCCUCAGGCUGUGGAAUCUAGUAGAUGUGGUUAUUAUGUUUUGCUUUUGAAAGGUUUUGAUUGAAUUUAUAUUAAUUAUUUAAUAUAUAAUCAGUGUCCUGUGGUACAAUCUGGAUGAUUUCCUAUCGUUCACCAACUGAUAGUCAUGAUUGAUAUUGCCAGAAAUGCCUUGUGAAUGCGGUAGAAUUUUACAGACCUACAGCAGCUUACUCUCUAGGAUGUGUUAGAGAGAAAGAUAAUAAUCUAUGAUUUCCUCUGCUGUAAUCAGAAUAAUUUGGAGGAAGAAAGAAGCUGGGAGGUGGCUUUAUAUUCUAUUGUCUCCCAAGUGGAGGAUGAAUGAGAGAUAUAUUGGGUCUUUCUUGUCUAUUUGUUUCCUCUAAGUGGGCGAGGAGGUACAGUGAUGAAUUUGGACUUGAAGCUUGUGGGCCAGCGCUCCUGCAUGCCAAUAGGAAUCCUAUGUAAAUUAAUGCUUCCUCCUAUGCACCUUCCCAUGGGCUCGCUCUGUUGGAAAACAUUUGUUGAUAUCAAGAAGGAUGCAAGGGUUGACCCCUCCUCCUCCCCCCACCCCUCUUCCCCUGUCUCUUACCAUCCCAAGUGACAUGCUUUAUCAUGGCUCUGUGCUCCUGGGGGAAAAUGAAUCUGUAUUGUGAAGAGGAGGGCCGUGAUUGUGCAUACAAAAGCGUCGCUCUGGGACGUGAAAAUGAAAAUCUGCUGGAGCCUCUCCUGAAUGAGAAAAGCUAUGGCAACAGCGGUGCUGGGCUGGAUAGAAUACUGUUGGCUAGUUUUAAUAAAGCCUGAAGAGGCAGUCGCUAUCUGACCCCAGUCUUUUCUAAGAGAUAGCAGCGGGAAUGAGUGGGGAACUAUGGGCUUCCUCUGCAAUGUUGGCGAACACUCCUCAUAUUUCAGGGAAAGUUAUUUGUUGUACUACUCUUCUGUUCUCUGUGGUUGCCUAUGUUAUUUCAGGGGGAAAUCAGGUCAGGGCAACGUUCCUUUAGAUGGUAUAUUUUGGAAAAGUAGAUCAAAUGAUGAAAAUACACUGCAUUUUGGAGUAAUGUCUGUAUCAAGUCUUAUAGUGACUUUUUGUCAAUACAAUUAUACAUCCAGUGUAUUUUAAACCUUGUCAUUCCACUCCAGACAAUACUGCCAGCAUCGUGGCGCGGAGGCGUCAGUUCAGCCAAUCGGAGCAGGAUCUCUACCAGCUCCCUGUGGUUGUGAGGGACGGAGGAGAGCCUGUCCUGAGCAGCACCUCCACCCUGAGCCUCCGGGUGUGUGUCUGCCAGAGAGGAGGAGGUAGCAGCAGCAGCAGCAGGGUGAAGGCCUGCCGAGUCCCGGCCUUCCUCUCCACAGCAGGCCUGAGCACCGGGGCCUUCGUCGCCAUUCUGCUCUGCAUCAUCAUCCUGCUGGGUAAGAGACAAGAGAGGGUGUGGAGGGGGCAGGGAGGAAGGUGGCAUGGUGGGGAAGAGAAGUUGGGAGAGAGAGAGAACUGUUCAUUUUUAUUGUUUACAGUGAGGGAAAAAAGUAUUUGAUCCCCUGCUGAUUUUGUACGUUUGCCCACUGACAAAGACAUGAUCAGUCUAUAAUUUUAAUGGUAGGUUUAUUUGAACAGUGAGAGACAGAAUAACAACAAAGAAAUCCAGAAAAACGCAUGUCCAAAAUGUUGUAAAUUGAUUUGCAUUAUAAUGAGGGAAAUAAGUAUUUGACCCCUCUGCAAAACAUGACUUAGUACUUGGUGGCAAAACCCUUGUUAGCAAUCACAGAGGUCAGACGUUUCUUGUAGUUGGCCACCAGGUUUGCACACAUCUCAGGAGGGAUUUUGUCCCACUCCUCUUUGCAGAUCUUCUCCAAGUCAUUAAGGUUUCGAGCCUGACGUUUGGCAACUCGAACCUUCAGCUCCCUCCACAGAUUUCCUAUGGGAUUAAGGUCUGGAGACUGGCUAGGCCACUCCAGGACCUUAAUGUGCUUCUUCUUGAGCCACUCCUUUGUUGCCUUGGCUGUGUGUUUUGGGUCAUUGUCAUGCUGGAAUACCCAUCCACGACCCAUUUUCAAUGCCCUGGCUGAGGGAAGGAGGUUCUCACCCAAGAUUUGACGGUACAUGGCCCCGUCCAUCGUCCCUUUGAUGCGGUGAAGUUGUCCUGUCCCCUUAGCAGAAAAGCACCCCCAAAGCAUAAUGUUUCCACCUCCAUGUUUGACAGUGGGGAUGGUGUUCUUGGGGUCAUAGGCAGCAUUCCUCCUCCUCCAAACACGGCGAGUUGAGUUGAUGCAGUGGCGUAGUGGUCUUUUGCCACUAGUGAUCCUGGUCUGAAUCCAGGCCCCGUCGUAGCCGGCCGUGACCGGGAGACCCAUGGGGCGGCGCACAAUUGGCCCAGGGUAGGGGAGGGAAUGGCCGGCAGGGAUGUAGCUCAGUUGGUAGAGCAUGGUGUUUGCAACGUCAGGGUUGUGGGUUCGAUUCCCACGGGGUGCCAGUAUGAAAAAUUAAAAAAAUAAUGUAUGCACUCACUAACUGUAAGUCGCUCUGGAUAAGAGAGUCUACUAAAAUGUAAAACAUUUAAUGCCAAAGAUUUUGGUAUCAUCUGACCACAACACUUUCACCCAGUUCUCCUCUGAAUCAUUCAGAUGUUCAUUGGCAAACUUCAGACGGCCCUGUAUAUGUGCUUUCUUGAGCAGGAGGACCUUGCGGGCGCUGCAGGAUUUCAGUCCUUCACAGCGUCGUGUGUUACUAAUUGUUUUCUUGGUGACUAUGGUCCCAGCUGCCUUGAGAUCAUUGACAAGAUCCUCCUGUGUAGUUCUGGGCUGAUUCGUCACCGUUCUCAUGUUCAUUGCAACUCCACGAGGUGAGAUCUUGCAUGGAGCCCCAGGCCGAGGGAGAUAGACAGUUCUUUUGUGUUUCUUCCUUUUGCGAAUAAUCGCCCCAACUGUUGUCACCUUCUCACCAAGCUGCUUGGCGAUGGUCUUGUAGCCCAUUCCAGCCUUGUGUAGGUCUACAAUCUUGUCCCUGACAUCCUUGGAGAGCUCUUUGGUCUUGGCCAUCGUGGAGAGUUUGGAAUCUGAUUGAUUGAUUGCUUCUGUGGACAGGUGUCUUUUAUACAGGUAACAAGCUGAGAUUAGGAGCACUCCCUUUAAGAGUGUGCUCCUAAUCUCAGCUCGUUACCUGUAUAAAAGACACCUGGCAGCCAGAAAUCUUUCUGAUUGAUAGGGGGUCAAAUACUUAUUUCCCUCAUUAAAAUGCAAAUCAAUGUAUAACAUUUUUGACAUGCGUUUUUCUGGAUUUGUUUGUUGUUAUUCUGUCUCUCACUGUUCAAAUAAACCUACCAUUAAAAUUAUAGGCUGAUCAUUUCUUUGUCAGUGGGCAAACGUACAAAAUCAGCAGGGGAUCAAAUACUUUUUUCCCUCACUGUAUUUCACUUUUGUUUACUAUCUACUUCACUUGCUUUGGCAAUGUUAACAUAUGUUUCCCAUGCCAAUAAAGCCCUUAAAUUGAAUUGAGAGAGGGAGGGAGGGAGGGAGGGAGGGAUGGAGGGAGAGAGAGAGAUGGGGAGGGAGAGAGACUCUUCUUGCCUGUGUGUGUGUUAAGUCAGCCACUUAGAGCCACACUCCAGAGUUGGGGGAGUGACCUUCUUGCCAAUGGGGUAGAAAUAAUGAAAGGCUUCACACCAGCUGGAGGAGUAACUCUGUCUGAUUUGUUUCCAGCAGCUAAGGCCACAAUUCUACUUUUAAAUCGAUGCAUUGGAGAAUAGGCUGUGCAUUUUGAGCCUGUAAUGACAUAUUAAUCGCUGUGGUCUUGUCCCCUCUCCUCUGGCCUGUACUGUAGCCAUCGUGGUGCUAUUUGUCAUCCUGCGGAGCAAAAAGGGCAAGAAGGAGCCGUUAAUCAUCUCUGAGGAGGACGUCCGGGAGAACGUGGUCACCUACGACGACGAGGGCGGGGGCGAGGAGGACACAGAGGCGUUUGACAUCGCAGCACUGCGGAACCCCGCCGGGGCGGAAUGGAGGAGGCUGCGACGGGAGGAAAGGCCGGGGACAGAGGGGUGGCUGGUGGCCUGCGGGCCCCAGAGCCCGUCCCUGGUGCUGAUGGAUACAGAGGACAUGCACCAUGUCAUUAGACAGAAAGUGGUGGAAGCUGACAGGGACACCAGCGGGCCGCCCUAUGACUCCCUCCAGACGUACUCGUACGAGGGCCGUGGCUCCCCCACGGGGUCGGUCAGCUCUCUGGGGCUGGCCCAGGUCCUGCCCCCUGAACUCAGCUACAGUGACCUGAAGGACUGGGAGCCGGAGGGUCACACACUGUUUGGGACAGAACUCUCUGAGACAGAACAGACCAUAGCCCCCUAAAACGUAUCUCCUCUUCUAUCCCAUUAAAGGUUAACCUAACAAUACAGAGCUAUUUGAGUUAUACAACUUGUUCCGUUUCGUUGUGGAAUUGACUGUCAUUUUACACUGGGCUCUGACAACUGAAGUGGAGGAAAGUAUUACAAUUUUUGGAGAAAAACAAACCCCCAAAAUCAUGAAGUUGGUAUAAAAAAAAGGUAACUAUUUUCCCUAGUGUAUAUUUUUAUUGAUAAAUAAAGUUCAAUGAUUCCAGAUAGGUGAAUUUAUAUGCAAGUCAUGUGUCAUGAUGUAUAAUGUGUCCAGUUUUGUAGGAGUUGCCUACUUAGUACCGUUGUGGUAAGUAUCUGGGUCAGUAUUCAUAAAGUGUCUCAGAGUAUGAGUACUG